CUAGGAUGUACGAGGUGACGUGAAAGCACCAUUGUUCCACCCCUGCUGGGCUGGCAGACAGCUAGCUAGCAUACCGACACACACAUCCUGUACAAGUACUUACCUCACAAUCUGUUCAGGCCAAGUCGGCUUGUCCGGUGCGGAGAGUCAGAAGAUAUACGAUUUUGUUGAGCUUAACAUCAUUUUUGAUAACCGCUAGCAGCCUAAAAUAGCAGUAAGAAGUAACGGCAUUUGGCUAAAACUCCUGCUCUGCUGAAGACUUCCUUCUGCAGGGUGCUGGACUAGACAGAUCCAGCUAUGUGAGCUGCUCUGAUGUGUGGAUUUAUGAACCCAUGCAGUGCCCGGUUAAGACAGCUGGAGGGCCAUUACUGAGAUAUAAGCAUCCAACAUACCUGCAGCUGAUUUGGCUGGGCAGGUUGUCCAGGAUUGUAGCAAACCUCCCCAGAGCAGCCUCCUCCCCUCCGCUUCCUGUGCUGCCCCUGUAGGUCUACUAUGCCUCUGGGUUUGGGAAGAAGGAAGAAGGCAUCCCCAUUAGUUGAAAAUGAGGAAGCUGAACCUAUCCGCGCAGGCCUCAAUGUGCCAGGUAUGGAUGGCCUAGAUGGAGGUGUUGUCGGGCUGGGAGAAGGUGCUACCUCUGAAGGUCUGCCUCCUCCACCCAGCAGUAUGCGACCUCGCCUCAUCUUCCACACCCAGCUUGCUCACGGCAGCCCCACAGGCCGUAUCGAGGGCUUCAGUAAUGUCCGGGAGCUCUAUGCCAAGAUUGGUGAGGCCUUUGGGAUACCACCGUCAGAAGUUAUGUUUUGUACACUGAACACUCACAAGGUGGACAUGGAUAAACUGCUGGGCGGUCAGAUUGGGCUAGAGGACUUUAUAUUUGCCCACAUUAAAGGCCAGAAAAAGGAAAUAGAGGUGUUCAAAGGGGAGGAUGCUCUAGGGUUGACGAUCACUGAUAAUGGAGCUGGCUAUGCUUUUAUCAAGAGGAUCCGUGAGGGGAGCAUCAUCCACCAGAUCCAGGUCAUCAAUGUGGGUGAUAUGAUUGAGUCGAUCAAUGGCCAUCGCCUGAUUGGCUGCCGGCACUAUGAGGUGGCCAAGAUGCUGAAGGAGUUACCCAAAGGCAAAGAGUUCACCAUCAAGCUGGUGGAGCCUCUCAAGGCCUUUGAUAUGAUCAGCCAGCGUUCAGGAGGGUCCAGAUCGGCAUCAGGAGUUCAGCUGGGCACUGGUAGAGGAACGCUUCGGCUACGAUCUAAAGGCCCUGCUACUGUGGAGGAACUGCCCUCUGCAUUUGAAGAAAAGGCUAUUGAGAAGGUGGAUGACCUGCUUGAAAGCUACAUGGGCAUCAGAGACAGCGAGCUGGCGGCUACCAUGGUGGAGCUGGGAAAGGACAAAAAGAACCCUGAUGAGUUCGCUGAGGCUUUAGAUGAAACCCUGGGAGACUUCGCUUUCCCAGACGAAUUUGUUUUCGAUGUCUGGGGUGCCAUCGGCGACGCAAAGGUCGGACGAGUGUAACCACAGAAACUAAGGGAGCAGAGACACCCUCAAAGUUCAGCACUACUAGGAAACACAACACUACUCUCAUGAUUUGUUUUUAUUCUAGUGUGUAUACGCCUACUUUUAUUUAAAAGAGUGAACCCCUUUGGGUGACUCUGCCUAGACAAAAGAUAAAUGGGAGAAGACGCUGACUGUGAUGACUUCCCAAGUGCGUUUAUUUGUCUUCCAGCUUUUCCCAGACACUACAAGCACGCUGAGGAGCAUUCCUUUUGACCGCAUCACAUGAGCCUGCAUGUCACUGUUGUAGUUGCUGCCAGUGGAACAAGUAGAGCACAAGUCUCUAAUGUGGGACUGUUAAACAACAGCUAACACA